UCGGCGCUGGUAUUGUUAUUUUGUACACUGCCACUCUUCGACCCGCUAUUACUCAACAUGUCUGAUGAUACUGGUAAAACGGCAGAAAAGACACCCGAUGCAAGUAAUGAUAGUGAUGGUUUGGAUACGUCUAUUGAUGCCAGGGGAUCUGCUAGGAUUGCUGCAAGGUCCCGCGUGACUGGAAUCAGUGCAGGGAUCAGGUCAUUGGGAUUGAUGGACAAAGAUGUACUCGAUGCAUACAACAUGAACCACGGGACGAGAGGACAUGCACUUAUAUUCAACCAUGAAAACUUUCACUGGAGUGUAGGAAUGAAUAGAAGAGCCGGAACGCAGAUUGACGCAGACAAUUUGAAUGAUAGAUUUCGUGAACUGGGUUUCACUACUCAUGUACAUCAAGACGUCAGUACUGUUAGGGUCAGAGAGAUUAUAUUUGAAGCCGCCCGUGCCGACCACUCAAACUAUGAUGCUUUCAUCUGUGUCUUUCUAAGUCACGGUGAUGACGGUAUUAUUUACGCUCAUGAUGGCGUUCUUCGGUUACAGGAUUUGAUGAAUCAGUUUAGGGGCGAUGUAUGUCCAUCUUUAGCUGGAAAACCAAAGAUUUUUUUCAUACAAGCAUGCCGAGGGGAUCAACAUGAAAUUGGUGUUGAUGCGCCAGAUGAGCCGGAUUCUGGUCCUAUGCCAGAUGAGCGAAUGACUGUGGCAGAUGCCGGAACACAACCUACUAUACCUGCUGGUGCCGACUUCCUAGUUGCUUAUUCUGUUACACAAGGUUAUUUUUCUCACCGUGAUACACACUACGGUUCUUGGUUUGUUCAAGCUUUAUCUUACAUAUUGGCCACCUAUGGAAACGAAUUAGAAAUCUGUGAGAUGUUGUCAAUGGUAAACAGAAUGGUAUCGCAGCGACAAGUAGAGAGAGCAGUAGACCAAGAAAUGAUUGGCAAAAAACAAGUUCCAUGUUUCCUAUCCAUGUUAACUAAAAAACUUUAUUUCCCUAGGAAAGUACAUCAUACCUAA